AUUUUGUAGUUUGUAAUAAUCUUGGUUCUUGAAACAAGAUUUCUAUUAAAAGUGAAACAAAAUAUAAAUUCACCAUUUAGGUGUGUGUUAUUAUGCUUGAAAAGAAGCCCAGUCCAAAAUAUAAACGCAUAUUGGGAAGAGCUGUGGGAGCGGUAAUUUUGGCAGAGCUCGCCGGCAUUACAGUUGGUUAUGGUCUUUGGUACAAAUUAAAUACAGACAGAGACUUUCGUUUGUAUAUGCACAAAAAUUACGACUGGUUAUUAAACCGAUACUAUUCGUUGGGUGAAUCGGUUGGAGGAUUGAAAACUAGAGAACAAGAUCAGAAAAUUUGGAAAACAUCAGGGGAGAUCUAACUGGUGAGAUGAGUGUAGCUGCUAGGUCUGCGUUCUGGAUUAUCUCCAUUGGUACAGUCAGUUUUGGCCUCUUCACAUUUUUCAAACCUGAUGAUGACUUACUUAAGCAGUUUGAUGACGAAUCAAAAUUUACAACGGCUAGAAAGAGUAGUCGGGAUACUAUAGCUGUACUAAAAGAAGCAACCAAUCAAAAUUCCGAAAUAUCCAAAAAAAGGCUUAGUAGACGUGAAGCACAGAGGAUUGAGAAACUACAAAAGGCACACAAGGCAAGGGAGGAGGUUGACGCAACAAAUGAGAAUGAAGAUUACUUUUCAGGAGCUUUCAAAAUAAGGUCAGAUAUAAUAGAACAGUUAUUAUCACAAGUGCCCACCUUAGAGUGUGAUGUACUUCCAGGACACUUUGACAACAUCAAGCGAGAAGUGAAUGAACUACAAAAAUUUGUUGUGACGUCUUCCUUUUUCCUAAAGGAAUUCAAUUUACGUAAAUAUCUGGGUAUAGUACAAAACUUGCAGACCAAAUGUUACGAACUGGAAGACAGGUAUGUGCCUCGCAAGAAAUUUGGCUUUACAAGGAAAAAGCUACCAAAAUCGCACAGCCAGAAGCAAGAUUCUGUUGAUGAAAAUGAUGGGGCCGGCAAAACAGAUAGCAAUAAAUGGGACGAUAAGUUGUUUGGCUUUGACUCAAAAGAAAAUAAAGUUUUGUCCUUGGAAAAUGAUGAAUUGUUUCAAAGGGAUGUUGCAUUGCGUAACUUGAAGAACUGUACUGUAGGAUUGAAAGGUGUUAUGGGCACUUUGCACAUAACAAAUUUGGAUAACUGUAUAAUUCUAACUGGACCAGUGACAUCAUCAGUUUUUAUUGAAAAGUGCAACAAUUGUAAAAUUGUCACUGCAUGCCAGCAGCUCCGAAUGCACACUUCGACUAAAUGUGAUAUAUACUUGCAUGUGACAAGCAAAGGAAUUGUUGAAGAUUGCACAGAAAUUAGAACUGCACCUUAUAACUUAUAUUACGAAGACUUAGAAAAACAUUUAAAUAUGUCCGCAUUAGAUAGAAAUAGUAACAACUGGGAUAAUUUGGACGAUUUUAACUGGCUGGCUCCAGAUAUUCCAUCUCCGAAUUGGCAAAUUAUGGAUACCGCGCAUCGGAUUUGUAACUGGUCAGAAUGGUGGUCAAAACUACCCUCAUAGUAUAAAAAAUUAACUAUUUAAAGAUGCUUAUCAUUGAUAAUUAUUUAUGGAUAAAAAAACACAUAAACAUAUUAAUUAUUAAAAUACCUCAUGCAUAUAAAUUAUAAUAACAGAUUGUCUAGAUACCUUGCCUUUUUAAGUGUACCUUCAACUCAAUCUUUAUUUGAGGUGCUACGUCUAACAAGCUUCUAACAUUGGUAGAAUAGAUUAAAAUUUUAGUUGUAGGAAAUUCAUUGUAUCCGCUCACUUAAUGCUCUUAUGUUAGCUUUAUUACAAUCAAUGGAUAACAUUUAUAAAUAAAAGAAUUUUAUAAUAUA